CGCUCGAUUCCACCGCUCGCCUUCCUUUUCUAGGCUGAGGAGUUUUGAGUAAUGCAGUUACCUUGAAAUCAGAUUCAGGAACAAUAGCAGCAGCAUCUUGUCGUUUGCUAUUGGUUAAGCCUUUGUGGGGUGUUUUUUUCCCCCUUUCUUUUUUUAAUUCUUCUUUUGUGGCUUUUGGCUUGACCGAGUAGACCACGAUGACCAUCAGACGUGGAGAUCAAGGGCAGCGUUAUAGGCCAAGAAUGGCUUUUCUGAAAAAGCUUGAAGCUCUCUUGGUGGAGAUGCAGGAUCCAAAUUCUGGUAUCAAAAUGCACACCCAGAAGGUCAUGGUUGCCAGUAUCCCACAUGCUAUGACCGGUUCUGAUAUAUUACAGUGGAUUAUGCAGCGCCUACAGAUUACCAAUGAAGAGGCACUGAACCUGGGGUGCCUGAUUAUCGGGUAUGGAUACAUCUACCCACUUCAGGAACCAAAGAACCUCACGCUUAGACCUGAUAGCAGCCUCUAUAGAUUUCAGACUCCCUACUUUUGGCCAACCCAGCAGUGGGCAGCAGAUGAUACAGACUACGCCAUCUACCUAGCCAAGAAAAAUAUUAAAAGGAAAGGAAUUCUAGAAGAGUAUGAAAAGGAACAUUAUAACAUGUUGAACCAAAAAAUCAACCACAAAUGGGACUUCAUUAUCAUGCAGGCCAAGGAGCAAUACAGGACAGGAAAAGAACGAAAGAAGGAAGAUCGGUACGCUUUGGACUGUCAGGAGAAAGCGUAUUGGCUAGUGCACCGGACACCUCCAGGGAUGCAAGAUACACUUGAGUAUGGCAUAGACCGUGCAACUGAUCCCCUUGAAAACAAGAAAAAAACAAUGGACGUUUAUAGAAGAGAGAUCAUGUACUACCAGCAGGCAAUCAUGAAGACCAGAGUAAAAUCAUCUGUCUCUCUGGGAGGAUUAGUGAAGUACAGUGACCAGUUCUGCUCCAAUGAUCCCAUCAUUUCAGGAUGCCUCCCCAACAACCCAUGGGUCUCAGACGACGUGGAUUUUUGGGAGCUCAAUGCAAAGCUGGUGGAAACCCCCACGAAAGCACGAGUGGAGAGAUGGGCCCUUAAUUUCAGUGAGCUGAUGAGGGAUCCCAAAGGCCGACAGAACUUUCAGCUGUUCCUCAAGAAAGAGUUUAGUGGGGAAAAUUUGGGAUUUUGGGAAGCUUGUGAAGAUCUGAAGUGGGGAGACCAAUCCAAGGUGAAAGAAAAAGCAGAAGAAAUUUACAAAACUUUCCUGGCACCAGGAGCAAGGCGCUGGAUCAAUAUAGAUGGAACUACUAUGGGUAUCACUGUCAGAGGCCUCAAACACCCUCAUCGCUACGUCCUAGAUGCUGCGCAGACUCAUAUUUACAUGUUGAUGAAAAAGGAUUCUUAUGGUCGUUAUUUAAAGUCUCCAGUAUACAAGGAAAUGUUGUCCAAGGCAAUUGUACCACAAGAAGUUGUGAAAAAAAGCUCUAAUAAUCCAUUCGCUCGCAAACACCUCCGUUCUAGCCCUAGUCCGGUCAUCGUGAGGCAACAGGAGGAAGAGGCCAAGGCCAAAGAAGCAGCGGCCAACGUGGACAUCACCCAGCUGUGCCAGCUUACUAUUCCAGUUCCUCAUCUGGCCAUUUAUACUGGUACUUCCGAUCCUCCAUCUCCUUCCAGUACUCUUCCUUCUUCCUGCCGUGGUCCUCCUCAGUGCUCUGGGCACAUCAUUUUGCCAAACAGCACUGGCUACUCCUCUUCUGCCAGCAUGACCCUAAACAGCACUUCUGUCAGCUGGGAUACUAACGUGCCUAGAGUAAAGCCCUCUCUUGUCACUACAGAAGGCACUGAGAUCUCCAGGGAUUCUGACUCAGGGACCUGCUGUAUCUCCCAGUAUCCUAUGAGCUCUGAAACCAAGCUGCUGCCCAAGUCCCGGAGGAACCUGUCCUUCAGCAAGUUCUUGAAACGAGGAUGUCUGAACUCACCCGUGUUUGCAACACUGUCACCCAAGUGCCUGGUGGUGACUCAUGGGAAAGUCCAGCCAGUGGAUGAUCUGAACCCACAAUUGCAACAUAAGUCCAAAAAACUGUCCAGCUUCUUCCACAUAAAAGUGGACAUUCCCUUGGAGAGCAAAAUCUACCCCAUAGAUUCUGAGGAGGAAGAGGAGAACAGCCAUUGGGCAUACAAGGAUUCUGCCAAAGAAGUGAUCUGCCCCUGGGAGAAUCUGACAGAAGGAGGAAACGCGGGGUGACAUGGAGCCUUUUUGGAUAACAGGAGGUGACCUGCUUUAAAAAUGAAUGGGUAUUUUUUCCUAGUCCUGAACCAGCAGGUAUAAUCACCUACAGUUUGACUGAUGAAUCAGGCUGUUGAAAGAUAUGUCUUGGAAUAAUAAACAAAAAUCAUCCACCACCAAACUAGGUGGGUUAUUAAAAAAAUGACCUCAGAGACACAAUUUUUUCAAAGUUUUUCAAAAGCGAGAUGUCUUUUGGACUGGUUUCUUUCUUGUCCUUAGCAAUUCAUACCCACCACUUACUGGCUUCUCCAUAACUUUUUAGUACCUUAACUCUAUCUUAACUCUUCUGCUUGGUUCAUUUUUUGGAGCUGCUGUUUUUGGUGUUUGUGUUUAUUAUAUUUAUGUCCUGUUUUUCCUAUAGAAGAGCAGAGAGUUUUACGUGCAUGUCCUAGUGGUAUCUUAUCCAGGUACUGAUCCAGUUGGCCCCUGGUCAGGAUCUCUAAAAGGCAACAGCAUGAGGUGAUCCUCGGGUCUAGAACUUCAUGUUGACCUAAGACAGUGGUGGAGAACCUUCACAUCUGGUCAGACUACAACGCCUAGUGCCCAGAUUUUUGUGCCAGAAAGAUGGGUUUGAUACCAUAUCAUUUAUUAAAUAGGAAUGACACUUUUUAAAAAUAUAAACUUAAUAGGUCUUCACAGAAUCCUUUGCAUAUAUUUGUGAAAAUAUUGCUAUUUUUUUCUUUUGCGGGGGUCAGGAAAAUCUGCUGCAGUGUCUGUAUCUGUUGUCAUAUUCUUCUUCAUGUUUACGCUUACCUAACAUCCAGCUUUUAAAAGGUGCAAUCAGAUAAUGGUUUGUGGCUUCUAGUGAAAUUAGAUCCAAGUACUAGAUAAAUCCUUGUACCUGGAUAAUUGCAAGGCUGAUCAACAGCUUGCAACAUGCUGGCUAUUCUGAAGUAUAAUCUGCAUCUUAUCCAGGGCAAAGGCUUCUGAUUUAAACAGUUGGCAGUCCAAUCUUGAUCACACCGAUUAUCGCUUUCAGUUACCUACGGGGAACUUUCAGUUUUCAAGGUUCUUCACCCUCUUUAUUUUAGCAGGACUACGUAUGAGGUAAAUCCCUGUUUAUAUAUGGACUCUUCCCACGGCUGCCUAGCCAGUGCAUACCCAGCUGCUCCACAGCCACUAUGUGCAUGAUAUCUCAGCCCUGAGGAUCCAUGGAACCAAAGUAUUAUGUGUAUUCCCUUCACAGAGCCAAGAUAUUACAGUAUUCACAUAGCCAGUUGAGGAGUGGCCAGGAUCUGUGGGCAGGGGAAAGGGAGCUUAAUAGGAGCAGCAGCUUUUUCAACUAGCAAAGGGUGGGUGGGAGUGGAAGGUUCACCACC